CAGUACAUCAGUAAAAUCUUUGACUGACAAGGCCAAAGGAUUUUCUUAAGAAAGGCAACGGGCUCAAUGUUCGUAGUUGAAACCAUGGCAAACACUGAGGAUUAAUUAUGAUAGGGGAUUAAUGCGAGAGCAGGAUUCCCAUAUAAAUAGGCUUCACCUUCUUCAUGUUCUCCACCCACAUUCCUUCCUCCGCAUUUUAGUCACCAAAGUCCGAAGGUUCUGUGCCGGUUAAUGGAGGUUUUUUUUCCGCCACUAAAUUUCCUCUUGAUUCAUCAACAACCACCCAGCCCUGUGAGUUUUGUUCCCCUCUCUUUUUCAUAUUGUCUUUGAGUUUAGUUCCUCUCUCUUUCUUCAUAUUGCACUAAUUUACCUACAUUUAAAUUAAUUUACCUAUUCCAAAAAAAUUAGUUUCAAGGGGUAAUGACAAAGAAAACUACAAAAUAUAUUAGAAAUGGUGCAAAUAAAAAUAGAGAAUACCGACCUCAUCAUCGUACGUAGCCGUACUGCUCAUCGUUGUCGUCAUCCUUGUCAGUAUAUGGAGGGAAAUAUGGUGGAAGUGGUGGAUGAGUCUGUGCCUAUUGAUGGAGGUUUUUUCCGCCACGAUAUUUCCUCUUGAUUCAUUUACAACCACCCAGCCCUUUGAGUUAUGUUCUUCCACCAUAUUGCUCUCCAUUCUUCCACCAUAUGUCCCUCCAUAUACUGAUGACCACAACGAGAAGUAGUACGGCCACGUAUGACGACGAGGUCGGUGUUCUCUAUUUUUGUUUGCACCAUUUCUAAUAUAUUUUGUAGUAGAUUUCAUUGUCAUUACCCCUUGGAGAUAAUUUUUUUUGGAAUAAUUUAAAUGUAUGUAAAUUAGUACAAUAUUUUAUAGGCUCUUGAAAUUGGGGUGGGUUGAGAUGAGCAACAAAACCAAAUCAUGCUUAACGAUGAAUUGACUAAAGUAAAAAAUAAAAAAAACGGAUGGAUGGAUUCGAGCGACCAGUGAGGGAAAAAGAUUAAAUUAACCCAAUGUUGUCUCUUAAUUUUUAUCCAAUGUCUUUUUUGGUUUUUCUCAACUUUUUAUAUUCUUCUUCUUUCCAAAAGAUUAUGAAUUACACAAUACAUCUAAAUUGACCUAUGUAUUAGUUACAUGAUAUUUAUCACAAACACAAAAUUAAUUUAUCAAGAAGAAAUUACCAGUUGAUGGAGGUUUUUUCCGCCACCAUUUUACAGCUCACACCCAAAAGCCGAACCUUAACUAUCGUUCUGUCGUGCGAGCUCUCUCUCUCUGUCUGUCUCUCUCUCUCUCACAGACAAAGCCAUGUCCAAGAUCAUAUCCCAAUCUGAAACUACAGCCUCCAGGUACGACGCAGGAGCAAGUUCCAUGGAGUGGCGUCCGUUGAUAGCUAUCGAUGCGAACGUCCAGAUGCAGAACCCUAAAGACGAAGCCAUGUUCGACGAAACAACCAUGGUCGAUGAUGAUGAAGUAAUGGGCAAAUCUAAAGCUACCCUCAAACCAAAACCAAGUUGGUUCGAUGAUGAUGAUGACUACAUUGGCCAGAAUUGUGGCGAUGAAGAGGAAGGUAUACAAGAGGCGAUUGGAGACGCAAUGGCUCGACUCCAACUGCGAAAAAAGCGUAACUACUGUGAAGUUUGUUGUGAGGAAGUUGAGGACCACAAGAGUCACAAUUGCCCAUACUUUGUUUUGGUCCCAAGGGGCGCUCAUGUUGGGGAACACUGUGAUAUAGUUUGCACAGAAUGUGGUGAGCAAGUUUCUGAGCACGAAGGUGAGCUUAACGUAGACUAUGAAGGACGUGCUAUUUUGAAGUACUGUGAUUGGUGUGAGGAUUACCGUAGCCACUAGACUGAAGAAUGCGAGUCCAUGCCAAAAUAGUGAAUUGGUCCAGACCUUUUCUUGGUGAGUAACUAGUGGUAAGUUUGUUGGGACUGAGGUGCUGCUGGAUGAAGAUGACUGGUUCUCAUAGUCGGAGGAAGAUCGAGUCCCUGUAGUUGUUAUGUUUACAAGUCUUGUAAGCGCAUCAUUUUGGGUGUAAUGAAUCUAAUGAUACAAUGUUAUUUACAAGUCUUGUAAGCGCAUCAUUUUGGGUGUAAUGAAUCUAAUGAUACAAUGUUAUUUGCAGUAGAUGGUUCUGUAUAUAUAAAGAAGGCAACCUUACCUUUUUU